GGACGACAACGUGGCGUCGCGCCGAUCAAAAAGGAAUAUCUCAUUGAGCUGAGCCAGAAGGGAGUAUCGGCUGAAGCAAUUGACGACGAUGCUGCUGAAGCUUCUGGCAAAUCCAAACCCGAACUCACUGCUGGUCGAGGUGGUGCCAAGACCAAAGGUGGUCAAAACACUCACCGACAAUUUGGCACUUCUCGCGAUGCCAUUGAAUUGUGUCGAACUCGUGCACUGGCUAAUGAAUUUGAUCCGAUCACGUGUCGUUUUGGCGACAAGUGCAAGCACAUUCACGAUAUCAGGAAGUACCUGCAGGACGGCAAGCGCGAAGACCUGACCACCUUCCACGAUUCAUGCCCCAUCUGGGAGGCUCGUGGGAAGUGCAACGCAGGUUGGAGAUGCCGUUUCAGUAAAAGUCAUUCCAAAGAAGUCGAACGUGAGGAUGGCAGCAAAGAACUGGUUCAACUCAAGAAGAACGAGGGUGCUGAUCAAUCCGUCGAGGAUGCUUCUAAGGAUGAGGAAGCCGACGGACCGGGAAUUUUCAAUAUCGUCAGCAACGGCGACAAAAUCACCUUGCGCAAGAAGAAGCAUCCUCUCCCCAAGUCAGAUAAAUAUCUGCAAUGGCUCGACAAGCAAUACUCGCGAGACGAUCCGAAUAAAAAGGGAAAGCAAGACAACCGAGCAGAAUACGUGGAGCCACCGCUUUUGCCAUCUGAGAAGCGUCGGAUCUACUAUGGGCCAGAAACGCCUGUCCUUGCACCGCUCACCACGCAAGGGAAUCUCCCCUAUCGGCGCCUAUGUGUGUCACUUGGUGCUCAAGUAACAUGGUCAGAGAUGGCCAUGGGUCUUCCGCUGUUGCAAGGAGAAAAGGGUGAAUGGGCGUUGAUGAAGGCGCAUGAAUCGGAGCUUGCACCGCCUGCAUAUAAGUCGGAAUCGGUCGUCGAGGGAUACGACAACGCUAACGAUAUUCGAUUUGGUGUACAAAUUGCUGCCAACAAACCAUGGCUGGCGGUGAAGACGACUGAAGCACUUACGAAUCUCUGCCCAAGACUACGGGCCAUCGACCUCAACUGCGGCUGUCCGAUCGAUCUGGUAUUCCGCCAGGGCGCUGGAUCAGCACUGUUGGACACGCAUGGAAAACUGGCCAAAAUCCUUCGCGGAAUGAAUACCGUCUCUGGUGAAGUGCCCAUUACCGUCAAGAUUCGGAUGGGCACCAAGGACAAACAACCUACAGCGGAAAAGCUAUGCUCACGUUUGAUCCUGGGGUCAACCGACGAUCAAGAGGACGGGGGUCCUGCGGGUGUGGCAGCAAUCACACUACAUGGUCGAUCCCGCCAGCAGCGGUACACCAAAAGCGCAGAUUGGGAAUACAUCGCGGAAUGCGCCUCGCUGGUGAAGCGCAUGAGAAGUGAGCGCGCCGACGUUACCGACACAGUCCGGGAACCAGAUGCGAGAGAUUUACCCGCCGGCAAUGACGGUUUUCCCUACUUCUGCGGCAACGGCGACGUUCUCUCCCACGUCGACUACCAAUCCGGCAUCAUCAAUUCCAAAGUCGACAGCAUCAUGAUCGGCCGUGGCGCCCUGGUCAAGCCUUGGAUCUUCGAAGAAAUCGAAACCAACCAAUACCUCGACAAAUCCGCCACCGAGCGUUUAGGCUACAUUGAGAAGUUUGUCCGGAAUGGUCUGGAGUACUGGGGCUCAGAUGAAAUCGGUGUCGGCACCACGCGCCGUUUCCUGCUGGAAUGGCUGAGCUUCAGUUGUCGCUAUGUCCCACUCGGCCUGUUGGAAUAUCUCCCGCCCAAAUUCGGCGAUCGACCGCCGGCGUUCCGUGGUCGUAGUGAUUUGGAGACAUUAUUAAGCAGUCCGAAUUACAAGGAUUGGAUCAAGAUCAGUGAAAUGUUCCUCGGUCCUGCACACAAGGACUUCAACUUCCUCCCGAAGCACAAGUCCAACAGCUACGAGAUUGAGGCUGAAGGAUGA